AUGGAGAGUAAGUCAGGGAGCAGCAAGAGGAAAAAUGGUGGGAAGGGAGAGAUUGUGGAUGGUUCCAAGAUUAUGGAGUUGGUUGGAAACGAGCAAGUUUUCAGCAACUUUGUGAACAAUAAGUUUGAUGAGUUGGAUAAGGACAGAGAUGGGAAACUCUCCAUGAAGGAGCUUGAACCUGCUGUUGCUGACAUCGGUGCUGGUCUUGGUUUGCCUGCUCAAGGCACUAGUCCUGAUUCAGAUCACAUUUAUUUUGAGGUCUUGAAUGAGUUCACCCAUGGCAAGCAAGAAAAAGUAAGCAAGAUGGAGUUCAAAGAGGUUCUCUCAGACAUUCUUUUGGGCAUGGCUGCUGGACUAAAGCGAGACCCAAUUGUUAUACUCCGCAUGGAUGGGGAAGAUCUCCUUGAGUUUGUCACUGGUCCAAGUUAUGAGGCAGAAAUGGCAUCCAUUUUCUCUCAGAUUGAGUCCCCUAGUGGAUCACUUCGUGAACAUGUAAUUGAAGCUUUUGGGAGACUCACUGUUGAGGAAGGAAUUCCUCCCACAUCAGAUUCUUGGGUUUUCAACAACAUUGUGGAUCCAGCACUGUCUCAAGCUGGGCCUGCCUUGGACAAUCCUGCUGCUCAGGAGACAUUUUUGGAAGAAUUUAAGAAAGUGGUAUUCAGUGUGGUUGAUUUUCUUAAAGAGAAACCUGUCAUUGUUGCCCACAGUGAAAACACAUUUGAUGGACGCGGCGUUAAGAGACUUUUAUCCAACAAGUUUGAACUAGAAAGGACGUUGAACUUGGCUUUAGAGAAUCUGCCAAAAGAUCGCAAUGGAAAAAUAUCGAAGGAUUAUCAGCGGGUGGCACUAGAUCUGGUGUCUCCAUCUGCUGGUUUACCUCCAGUUGGCGCAAUUGAAGAGAUGGAUAAAGUUAUUGUUGAAGCCUUUAAGAUGGGGAAUGCGGAUGACAAAAACACGGUUACAGAAGUCGAAUUCAAGAAAAUUUUAACUGAAAUUCUGGGGAGUAUCAUGUUGCAGUUAGAGGGCAGUCCAAUAUCCGUUUCUUCAAAUUCAGUUGUGCAUGAGCCUUUAGGCUCAUCUUCAACAUUCUUGCAGCCAUCUUCUAGUGAAACAGCAUAA